CUCGGCAUGGUUCAGUCGUGCUGUUUGUUCCUCAUCCUGUGGUGUCUGCUAGCCUACCGGCUCUCCACUUCUCGCCAGUCAUCGCGAUCGACAGUCGGAGGGGUCUAGAGGCCUCACGUUGGUUGAACCAGGGUCAUCCCUCGAGUCGGAGACAUAUGGAAUAGCCCCCCUGAAGGCAUCAGGAGAGAGAGAGUUACAGGAUGUCUGCCGCAAGAUGACCACGGUACGCCGGGAAGCUGCCGCCGCACCGGCCAACAGUCGGCCUUCCCUCGGCCUACUCUCGCGGUCGCUGCCACAUAAGAAUCCGUUGCCCACCCACCAGGGAUGCAUGCCACCCACCGUUGCGAUCGGAACAGAACCCACCAAAAUGUACAUCACACUCUCGUCCAAUUCCCAGAGCCAUCCGCAGCCCAGGCUCAAGGGCUCCUCACUUCACCUACGUGUCGCUGGAUUGAGAAAAUCCCUGCACGACACCUGGAAGCGGUGGGCACCUCUCCUGCCCGCGAAGGAAAGCUGGGAUGACGAGUAUAAUUUCCAACCGGGACCAUUUGCGGGACAGGGCCGUGAGUCUCGGCUUCCGCGUCGUCUCCCAGCUCCAUACCGAUCCUAACCGACCCACGUCCAUUCUGAAUGCUGCCUUCGCUAUCCUUGCUCGAUGUCUCAUUUAUAUUGACCCAAGCCUGGUGACCUGGAUCAGGUUGCACCGGCCGUGAU